AUGGACGAACAGUCUGACGGGAAGCUCUUCGUGGAGCCAUUUUUGGACCUCUUCUUAGAUCAACAUCGUACGCAUACGUUCGACUUGUUCCUGCUCAACGUUGUGGAUACUCCCAAGGCAUGGGUGUUCGAUAAGGGCUGCCAGGUCUGGGCAACUGCUGAUGGGGAUAUCGCCGCAGGAUCGUCCGA